AGGGGAACGUAACACUCUCUCUCUCUCUUUUAACUCAUUCUCUUUGGAUCCAAAUCUUUCGCCAUCGACAAAGGAGAUCCUUCCAAAGAAAGAAGUAAGCCGAAGCAACCAAACAAAAAAUAUAAAAUCGGGAAGAGAGUUCUCUCACAUUUUUUUUCUUUUUUUUUUUAAAUCACAAAUUCUCAGUUUCGCAAAGAUUCAAAAUGUUACUCUUGAGACUCUGAUCUGUCUGUUGCUGAGAGACUGAGACCGAGAGAGAGGUUCUUGAUUGAUGGGUCUCUGCCAUUCCAAUCCUCGAAACAACCCCGACCGAGUUCCCGCCGGUAACAACAGCCCUCUUCCGGCGUCGGAAUCCGUAAAGCCUCCUCCUCCCUCCGGCACCCCUAACCUCGACGGAGACCACCACUCCGCGACGACCAACAAUGAGGGCAAAAAGUCUCCGUUUUUCCCCUUCUACAGCCCGAGCCCAGCAGGCUCCUUCUUCUCCAAGAAAACUCCGGCGAGAUCUCCGGCGAACUCCGGCUCGACGCCGAAACGGUUCUUCAAACGGCCGUUUCCUCCUCCGUCUCCGGCGAAACACAUCAGAGCCGUUCUCGCGAGACGCCACGGCUCCGUGAAGCCGAACUCCUCCUCCGCGGCGAUCCCCGAAGAAGACGGCGAAGGAGUGGGUUUGGAUAAGAGCUUUGGGUUCACGAAGGGUUUCUCGAGCAAGUACGAGCUCGGUGAUGAGGUUGGUCGUGGCCAUUUCGGGUACACUUGUGCUGCUAAGUUUAAGAAAGGUGAUUCCAAAGGACUACAAGUCGCUGUUAAAGUCAUCCCCAAACCAAAGAUGACGACGGCUAUUGCUAUUGAAGAUGUGAGGAGAGAAGUGAAGAUACUUAGAGCUUUGUCUGGUCAUCCCAACCUUCCUCAUUUCUACGAUGCUUAUGAGGAUCAUGAUAAUGUCUAUAUCGUCAUGGAGCUAUGUGAAGGAGGAGAGCUUUUGGAUAGAAUCCUCUCUAGAGGUGGGAAGUACACUGAGGAAGAUGCAAAGACUGUUAUGAUUCAGAUAUUGAAUGUGGUUGCCUUUUGUCAUCUCCAAGGUGUUGUCCACCGUGAUCUCAAACCCGAGAACUUCCUUUUCACCUCCAAAGAAGACACCUCUCAACUCAAGGCAAUAGAUUUUGGUUUGUCAGAUUACGUCAGACCAGGUACAGAGUCCCUCACAUCCUACUCUCUCUCCCUCUCAGUGAUUGAUGCUUACUUCGAUGAUUCCAUUUUUGCAGAUGAGAGGCUCAAUGACAUCGUUGGUAGCGCAUACUACGUAGCACCUGAAGUACUACACAGAUCCUACAGCACAGAAGCUGAUAUCUGGAGCGUUGGCGUGAUAGUCUACAUCCUCUUAUGUGGAAGCAGACCCUUUUGGGCUAGGACGGAGUCUGGAAUCUUUCGUUCCGUUCUAAAAGCAGAUCCUAGUUUCGACGACGCUCCUUGGCCUUUGCUGUCUUCGGAGGCGAGAGACUUUGUGAAGCGGUUGCUGAAUAAAGACCCGCGUAAAAGAUUAACAGCUGCACAAGCCUUGAGUCAUCCAUGGAUAAAGGACUCGAAUGACGCAAAGAUUCCGUUGGAUAUUCUUGUUUUCAAACUUAUGAGAGCUUAUUUAAGAUCAUCGUCUCUCCGUAAAGCUGCAUUACGGGCCUUGUCUAAAACACUUACGGUUGAUGAACUGUUUUAUCUGAGGGAGCAGUUUGCUUUACUAGAACCUAGCAAGAACGGAACAAUAAGUCUUGAAAACAUCAAAUCAGCUCUGAUGAAAAUGGCAACAGACGCAAUGAAGGACUCGCGUAUACAUGAAUUUUUAGCACAACUGAGUGCUCUUCAAUAUAGAAGAAUGGACUUUGAAGAGUUCUGUGCAGCUGCAUUGAGUGUUCACCAGCUAGAAGCUCUUGAUAGAUGGGAACAACACGCUCGUUGUGCUUAUGAGCUUUUCGAAAAGGAAGGGAACAGACCCAUCAUGAUAGAUGAACUCGCUUCGGAACUUGGUCUUGGUCCUUCUGUACCGGUUCAUGCAGUGCUUCACGAUUGGCUUAGGCAUACGGAUGGAAAGCUUAGUUUUCUUGGGUUUGUGAAGUUGUUACAUGGUGUGUCUAGCCGUACUGUCAAAGCUCAUUAGAAGGGGUUUAGAAAGUUCUGAAUAUGUAUUGAGAGAUUUGUCUGAGAUCUCUUCUCUCCCAAGAGCUUUUGGACUAGUUGGGUUUAUAAUAUGUUUUUUUUGCCUUUUGUGAUGAAAGCUGAGAAGAAGAAAAAAAAAGAGAAGUGUGUGUGUUAGUUUGUAGAGGAUGAAGACAUUUUCUAAAUUUGGUAACUUAUGACGAUUGAUUGAUGAUGUUUCUGACAUUACUUCUUGAUUUGGAUUUUGACAGAUUUCUUACUUA